GUUUUACCUAGUACAUUAGGCAAGGACUUUAAGGGAUCUAUGUGGCUCCUUUGCCCCUCUUUCUUAAAAAACAUACGAUUUUUGCCGUCACAACUGCCCUGUAUGCUGGAUUAGGCUAAAACACAGUAAACUUUGUCUAUACACUGUAUGAAUUCAGUGAGUACUUGAACCUAACUAUCCUCUACCUAAGAAUGAAUGGUAUUUCAGAUGAUGUUGAAACUGUAAGUAGUAUCAUGUGUUACCAUUGACCAUUUUGGGAGAUGUGGCCCUCUGUAUGUUGAAGGACUUAAUCUUCCCACCUGGGCUGUAACUACUAUGCCAAGCAGCCUUUCAAGUUUUGAUCUACACUUGAAUUAUAUAGUGUUCCAUCCCCAUGAUUUGAAAUUUAAAACAAGAAAAUACUAAUUGAUUUUUAUUUCUUUUUGCAUGGAGAGAAUUGCAACCUACCAACUGUGGUCUGCAGUAAGAGCAAAAUUAUCCUUCCUUUAGCCUUAGCAACUAUAGGAAAAGUAAUGCUGAAAAAUACAGUGGCCCAUGCCUUUCUUAAUAUGGAAUGAUCAUUUUCACACCCAUAGUGGCUCUUACUACUAUAUAAUAUGCUUGUUGGGGCUGUGAAAAUGCCCCACAUACAUAAAAGACAGAAAGCAGUGUGAUUAUAAUGACUUCAUAACACACUUCAAAGAUGUUUAUAAUAAUACUUAUGCCAGUAUUAUGAAGAGUCCCAUGUAGGACUAUUGGUGCAGUUUAUAAAUUAAAUAAUAUUCAAAUGAAGUGCAAAGACUUGCAAGUUUCACAGCACUCUUAUUAAACUGUCUGUUCAAAAAAAUCUUGUUUUUAAAGCAGUAGAAAUAAAAAGGACAUGUUCAGCUGCCAGUCCUCUUCUGUAGAGCUGAAAGGGUUAAAUUUGUAAUGAACUGUUAGGCCUAUGGACAAUGUUAAAAUUACAGAGGUGCACUGGGGACAAAAAACAUGUGCACAGUGCCACAUUGUUCCGCAUUAAUCCAUACUAAUGCACUUUGGAUCUGUAUUCCAAAGGCAAAGAUUAGAAUCUGUGCAUAAUCCAUACAGAUUCACUCCUUUACCAUAGUGCUUUCUAAGCUCUAAAUUGAAUAGUUUUGUUAAAAAGCCAUUGAAGAGGAACAAAUAUAUGAACCUGAGAGCUCCCCAUAUAGCAUCUGCCCCCUACUGCACUUAGAUCUUCCUUUUGUAGAGACUUUAAGGAUUGAUAAAAGGUCUGUAAAGCCUUCAUUAUAUUGAUCCCAGUUAGCACCGUUGGGCAGCAGCUCAGGUUUGAUCAUGUUGGAAAGGACACCAACUCCUAACUAGCUGCUUCUGGCAGUGAGAAAUGGGGAGUGGUGGGAUGUUUGAUCAGCAGCUUUGAGUCCCAUUUCAUGGGUGACAGGAGCAGUUCCACGAGUCCACUACACAACUGGAAGGCAACCAGCUCUACCUCUUGUUCUGCUGUUGCUGCUUGUGCUCAUUGAACCCAGUUUCUUAUUCCAUUGAAGGUCAGAAGAUGUGAAAUCUGUAGUACAGAAGAAGCAAAAUAUCGGUGUCCACGUUGUAUGAAGUAUUCAUGCAGUUUGGCUUGCGUGAAAAAGCAUAAAACUGUGUUCACUUGUAAUGGAAUCAGAGAAAAGACAGCAUUUGUUUCCAUGAAUGAAUUCAAUGACUUAAAUCUUCUAAGUGAUUAUCGGUUUUUGGAAGAUGUGGGAAGACUGGCUGACACUGCUGCUCGGGAUGAAUCUUCACAUAGACCCAAAAGCAAUAAAUUUGUCAACUUUUUGAAAAACAGAGCACGAAGGUAUAGCAUUUGCCUGCAGACUUUACCAAUUGGUUUCACAAAGAGGCGAGAGAAUUCUACAUAUUUUAGCAAUAAGGAACACAAGUUCUAUUGGCAUUUGAAGCUUGUAUUUCCUCACAGUGAUGCUACAUUUACAGAAAAAAGGGUGCCAGAUGAUAAACCAUUGUGUGACAUUCUUAAGCCCUACAUUGAUGCACACGAAUCCAAUCCUGUAAUUUAUCAAAGAUUAAAAAUCUAUGCAAUAUCCCCUAAGUCAGACAUACAGAUUCUAAUGAAAGUAGAAAAGAGGCCAAACAGUUCCAUCAGGUAUGAAGAACUAGAUGCCAACAAAGGCCUUCUAGAAAAUUUGAAAGGGAAGGUUAUCAUUGAAUACCCAACUUUGCAUGUGGUUUUGCAAAACGUCAAGACAGACAUGGUGAUUCUUGGCCAUGAUGCCAAUAAAUCGAGUGAUGACUUGAUUAAAGGAGCUUCAUCUGAGGAAGAAGGUGAAAUCCAUGAUAGUACAUGAAGAAGCCAAAUCAGAUGUGAGGAUGGAGCAGCAUAUUUUACACCUGACCUUUGAAGACAUAUUCAAUAGAGAUAUUAGCUUGAACAUCCACUAUUUAUAAUAUCCCAAAUCUAUAAUUGUUGAAAGGCGUAAGAAUUGUUUAUGUACACAUACCUAAUAAAGAUUAAGCAUCCUAA